AUCGAAACAAAACCACCAACAAUUCCUUUAACCAUUCUGCAUUCCCUUCUGCCUCAUCAAAACAAUGGAGCAAAAGGAAGAAGGGAUCGGAAUCAAAGUGUACAAUGCAACUCCACCGGAAGGUCCCACUCGAACCCCCUCCCUCUCUCGCUUGCCCCCUGAACCAGGCCGCAAGAGGCGAGUAGUUGCCAAGGGAGUCCAGAAUACCAUCUCAAAGACCUCCAUGCUCGUCAACUUCCUCCCCACCGGCACCCUCCUCACAUUCGAAAUGGUCCUCCCAUCGGUGUACCGCAACGGCGACUGUUCUCCCCUUAACACCAUGAUGAUCCACGUCCUCCUUGCCCUAUGCGCCCUCUCCUGCUUCUUCUUCCAUUUCACCGACAGUUUCCGAGGACCCGAUGGCAAGGUCUACUACGGGAUCGUAACGACCAAGGGCCUGGCUGUGUUCAAGCCAGGACUGGACGUAGAGAUCCCCAAAGACGAAAGGUACAAGAUUGGGGUGACGGAUUUGGUGCACGCGGUGAUGUCGGUGAUGGUGUUUACGGCAAUAGCAUUCUCGGAUCGUCGGGUGAUCAAGUGUGUGUUUCCGGCUCAUGAGAAGGAGAUAGAUCAAGUGAUGGAGAGUUUUCCUCUGAUGGUGGGAUUGGUUUGUAGUGGGUUGUUUCUUGUUUUUCCUAAUAGCAGGCAUGGGAUUGGUUGCUUGUCAUCAGCGUAAACCAUAUAUGUUAUUCCUAUGAUUAAUUUGUAAGUAAUCCCAUUAUUUGUUAAUUAGAUUAAUUAACAAAUCAGUCUCCUUAAU